CUCUCUUUUAUCAUUUAUUUAAUAUUUCACGUAAUGAGAAAUCUCCGAUAGUUGAAUGAUAAAACAUCUUGUAUGAUACAAACUAAAUUUAUACUUUUAUGUUAUGGUGGAUUGGAUUCAUGAAUUGGUUCAAAAGGAUUGGUGGAUCCGGAUUCAUGGAUUCAAGUGAAAUCUAAACAUUGUACCAAUAUGUAAAUUUAAAAAUUGUAGGUACGAAAAUCUAAUAAAAUUUAGAUACCAAAACAUGUUUGUUCAAUAAUUUUACACUAAAAUUAAAUUUGGGGUAUCAAAAUGUAAAAUGUACAUUAUAGUAACUAAGUUGUAAUUUAAUAAAAUUUGAGGUAUCAAAGUAGUAUAUUUUUAGGCAACAGUAACAUUGCUUUGGCUUUAUAGAAUAUAAUUUUGUUUAUGGAAUUUCUGGGGUUGAUUAGUAAAUACCUUAGCUUCUUUUUUAAAAUUAUAUAUGAGUUGGUUAGGAAUCUUAUCUCUCACUUGAAAGAAUAUGGAUUCAAGUCACAGUAAUAUUAUAUAUUUGAUAUUUGAUGUCGAUGGUAAGACAACCUAGUUGGUAAAGGGUUGGGUUUCGUGUUUGGGAUGUGACAAGGUCCCAGGUUCAAAUCCAAGUACCGUCUUCUUGGUGUUCUCGGAAGCACUCUUGGUACAGGAGACAAAGUCUCCCCGAUGACGGUAGCAAAACGUCGGGCAUGUGGGUUGCUUAUUAAAUAAAAAAAUAUUAUAUAUUUGAUUAUUUCAAGCAUGAUUACAAAUACAAUCUCAAAAUAUAUUUUCUAAACAUAAGAGUACAAUCAGUUACAUCGUGUUUGUUUACAUUCUUAAUGUACCAUGUCUAAUUGUGAUAUGAUUUGUAUAGUUUGGGAUGUAGCUUAUAUCCAAUAUACUUUUAAUUUCUAUAUAUUGUGGUUUACUUUUGUAUAGUUUUGAUUUACUUGCAAACCUAUUGAGAUAUGAUUUGUACAUUUUGCUAAUAUGAUUUCUGUAAUAUGCUCUUCUAGUUAGUAUAUAAUAUACUAUUGGUUUGUAUAUCUUGUAUCGGUUUGUUUAUCGGAUCUACUGCUUGUGUGUUCUGUGAUCAGGAUAUCGAAAUACGAUUCUUUUUUUUUUUUUAUCCUCAACAUAUAAGAAUCUUUUUGCAUGCUUGUUCCCUGUCUAUUCUACCCAAAUUCCAAGUGACCAGCUGAAAUUUGAGUUGCAGUGGACAAUUGCUUAUUUCAAGGGGAAGUCUCUAGCUAGUUUCUAAAACAGAAAGGCUUAUGUGGUAGUGCUCUCUGUUGAGAUUCAUUUGGAGAUAGAGGUUGUAACACUCCCACUUUUGGGUUUAGAUCCGAACUUAAUACGUGAAUGGUUGAAUUGACGAUUACGUAUGAAGGGUUACAGGCUUACAGCCGCGAAUUAGUAGUGAUAAUAAUAAUAAUAUUAUUAUUGUAUAAUUAUUAAUUUGCAAAAAAAUUUACAUGUAUGUAUAUAUCAAAAGGGAGGAGGCGCUCCCCCAGCAGCAAACCCUCCCAAUUUAAUUGUCCCCGCCGCUCCAAUUCUUUUUGUUCGCCAGCCGAGCGAGAGGAAGAAAGAAAAGAGCUAGCCGAGCGAGAGGUAGAAAGAAAAGCAUCUCUUCGUGUUACUAGGUAAGGAUCACGAACUCAUUCGUGAUUUCUAAACUCGAUUCAUCGAUAGUCUAAUACGAAGAUCGUAUUUUAUAAGCGGUGACGUUUAAGGGUUCGAUCAACGAGGAGAUCAACGUUUCGGACCAUCUAAUCUAGUCCUAGGCAUGUUCUAGAGAUAAGGGAACUUGAUCCCUUUGAGUUAGAUCGAUCGAUUUGGUGAUUUUUCGUGAGGGUGCAAUUCUGGGUUUUUAGCAACAAACGUUACAGGAUUUUAGUGACAAAUUUUGGGUGGUCACUAAAGCUGCUGGGAAAUUGCAGAAACUUAUUUUGGAUGUUUUAAAUUGUUUUGAGCCUCUGUGGGUGUUUGUUCCUAGGUUUAACAAUUUUAUAAAUUGAGGGAGGUCAAGGAGAUGGCUUUAAUUUAGUUUGGGGAAUUUUGAAGAUGUAUAUCUAUUUUUAGAAAUUGUUUGAAUGUUGAUUUUAAUUAAACAAAAAUCUUACCGAGGGGAUUUUAAGGGUUUGAUAAUUUUACAGGGUAUAGGUGCUCAUGAUUGACAUAUAUGAAAAUGAUUAUCCAAAUUUUUAAGAAUGUUCAAGUUAGGUAAAAAAAAAUUGUCCGAGACAAGAAUAAUUAGGAAAAGUGGUCGGUUUUGAAGGGAUUAUAUCUAGAAAUUUUUUAAAAGGGGAUUAAGGGACCUUGGAGCGAGGGCUGAAAUUUGAGGAGAGGAUGUUCUAGUGAUUCAAAAGGGGUUUAAAAUCAAGAAAAGUCGUCGAAGAAAAUGAUUUUUUAUUAAUAGGUUUCCCCAAGAUAAUCCGUCUAAGGAGGGGUUUCUUCCAGAAAGGAAUCGAGGAGUCAUCUUUUCGAGGUGAGUGUAAAGGGGGUAAAAUCUCCGUCGAGGUCUUUUAUUUUAUGCAUUUACUUAUAGUAGUUUGUUAAUUUUUGAGUUAUGCGCGAUUAUGUGUGUGAGGCAUCCCACCGCCUAUAAGGGUGGAGGCACGCGUUGUGCUAUGUAUGAAUGUAUGGAUUUGAGAUGGUAAUAGUUGAUUAAUGAUAAUACAACCCCCGGGCGGUUGGGUCACUACUAGACGGCAAGACGUAACGCAGUAGUAGAUCGGGCAUGGACUGGACAGCGAGACGUAACGCAGUGCCAUUGUCGAGUUUGGGUAUGCAACCGGACGACGAGACAUAACGCGGUUGGCAUAUUAUGGUAGGGACACCGGACGGAGAGACGUAACGUGGUGGUCCCUAGUGCUGGUGUCUAUGGAUUAAGUAUAUAAGGAAAUUCUAAAGAUAAGAGAGAUCUCUUAUAGACUGUUUGAUAACAAAGUAUAAAGGAUGAAAGCAAGAACGACUUUUGUCUAAGUCAAGAACCCGAAUAAUGUGUUUAGUAAGGAGUUUCUUAGGGCGAAGACCUGAGGAAGUAACGACGAGAUUGACCACUUCUCACUCACCAGGUGCAGAGAGGGGAAGAGGACGCAUCCAUCAAGAGGAGGUUACCCGAGGAGAGCAAUCGCGACAAACCUGAAGAUGUCAACUGGAUCUGGGUAACGAGAUGGGACCUCCCAUUAUAUCUGUCUUUAGUUUCAUGUUUUAAUGAGUAUACUGGAAAACUUAAGGAUUAUGUUUUAUGUUUUGUUGCUCUGGAUUGAGGUCGCCCAAGUGUUUAGGGCAUUUUACUUGAGAAUCUUAAACAUUAUUGUUGUUGAUUUUUGGUUUUGACUUGUAAACUUGUUUUGGGUUGCUCCGGAGUAACCGGUUUGUGGUUUGAGUUAUGGUUUGAUUUUCAAAAAGGAUCGGGUUGUUUCAUUUUGGUAUCAGAGUCUAGUUUUCCUCUGUUUCUUGGUCUCCAAGGAAUACUGGAGUGACGAUCUGGGUUUUCAAAGGUUUGCUUUAAAGGAAAAAAAGGGAACUUUCAAGAAAAAUGGUUGGCCAACCGAUUUGAAAAGGUUUAUAGAGUCCCCAGUAUACUCAAGAAUGAUAAGACAAAUAAAUGUGGUUCUAAUAAGGGUACUUCUUACUUGCAGAGAAAGUAACACCAAUGUUAACCACGCGGCAGCUAGGCAACCCCCGAUUAUGAGGCUUUCCGGAGGCGAGGAGUGGUUGAUUUUGAUGGGGACCACCCGAAGGAUGCUAGUGAAGUAGAGAAAUGGCUGGCGAUGGUCUCGCGGACAUUGACUAAAAUGAGGGCAGAUGAUGAGGACAUGGUGCUACUAACAGUAUCCCUGCUCCAGGAUUCAGCAUACAAUUGGUGGUGCACCCAGCCAGCUAGCCAGGAAGACCCACCAGCUAUGACUUGGCUAGAGUUGGUGCGGGUGUUCCGGGAUUACUAUGUACAAGAUGCCUAUCGACUGGGCAAAAAGAGGAAAUUUUUGCCGGUCAAGCAGGGAUGGGGCAAUGAAGGAGAGAAGGGUGUUGCAGAGUACACCUCCAGGUUCGAGAAGCUGCUGCCCUACGGGGGACCCCAGUUCCAGGAUGCGGCAUCUCAACGUGCCCACUAUUUGGAGAGUCCGAAGCCUUCCCUUAAGAAGCAGUUGAGCAUGCUGGCGUGGAACAGUCGGGAGGAGAUUUAUCAUACGGCUCUUCGGAUAGACAGGGCUGACACAGCUGCGCAUGAAGAAGGGAUACUACGAAAGGGAAGCAAGAGAAAGGCAAGUUGCAUGCCAGAGUGGUCCGGCCAGCCCAGUCAGUACAGAAGGAGGCCGAGCAGUACCGUUAGCUUUGGGGGAACUAGGAGUCAGACCGACUCGGUCCAUCCUGGUCAAACUUUCAGCAACAGAGGUCUUUGCAACCAGUGUGAGCGGGAUCACUCAGGGGAGUGUAGGCAGCCCCAAUGGUCUGCUAUAACUGUAACGAGCCUGGGCAUUUUGCCAGAGAAUGUCCCUGGAGAGGCGUACAAGGGAUGGCUCAGUCCGAGCAUUCUAUCCGGGAUGGUGGAGCGAGGACUCACGUAGGACCACGAUUUGACAGCCAGCCAAACCGCUCCUUCCAGAGCCAGGGAGGACGCACCGGGCGGUUCGACCGCACUGAUUCGGACAGAGACCAGGGGCCUCCAGCAGGAGGGCAGCCGAGGGUAUUUGCCAUGCGAGGGAUAGAGGGAGACCGUGGUGACGGUGGAGGGGACGAGCAAACACAUUGAUGUGAUCAUGUGAAGAAAUGGGGAGACUGUGGAGAAGGAGUAUUCGUUUUAAACAUAGACCGCUAGUUGGUUGUUUUCUUCGAAAGACGCACUUUCAGUUUUAGUACUCGGUACCAAACCAAUUAAAUUAGUUCGGACCAAAAUUUCGAGGUCGAAAUUUUAUUAAGGGGGAGGGAAAUGUUAUAUUCUAACUUGAGAAGUUUUAGUCAAACACCAAAAGUUUAAGACCAAGUCAUUAUCUUUCCAAUUCCAAAUUUCAGGGAAAAAUUUUUUAUAAGGGCGGAGGAAAUGUGACACUCCGACCUUUGGGUUUAGACCUUACUUUAAUACGUGAACAGUUGAAUUGACGGUUACGUAUGAAGGGUUACAAACGCGAAUUAGUAUUGAUAAUAAUAAUAAUAUUAUUAUUAAUUUGCAAAAAAAAAAAAAAUACAUGUGUAUAUCAAAAGGGAGGAGGCGCUCCCCCAACAGCAAACCCUCCCCAAUUUAUUUGUCCCUGCCGCUCCAAUUCUUUUUGUUCGCCAGCCGAGCGAGAGGAAGAAAGAAAAGAGGGAGCGCGGCCCUGUUCCUGACCCCGACCCCAUCCCUUCAUGUUUCUAGGUAAGGAUCACGAACUCAUUCGUGAUUUCUAAACUCGAUUCAUCGAUAGUCUAAUACAAAGCUCGUAUUUUAUUAGCGGUGAAUUUUGAGGGUUUGAUCAACGAGGUGAUCAACGUCCCAGGCCAUCCAAUCUGGUCCUAGGCACGUUCUAGAGUUAAGAGAACUAAAUCCCUUUGAGUUAGAUCGAUCGAUUUGGUGAUUUUUCGUCAGGGUGCAAUUAUGGGUUUUUAGCAACAGAAGUUACAGGCUUUUAGUAACAGAUUUUGGGUGGCCACAAAAGCUGCUGGGAAUUUUCAGAAACUUAUUUUGGAUACUUUAAAUUGGUUUGAGUCUCUGUGGGUGUUUGUUCCUAGGUUUAAUAAUUUUAUAAAUUAAGGGAGGUCUAGGAUAUGAAUGUAAUUUAAUUAAACAAAAAUCUUACCGAGGGGAUUUUAAGGAAUUGAUAAUUUUACUGGGUAUAGGUGCUCAUGAUUGACAUAGAAAAAUGAUUAUCCAAAUUUUUAAGAAGGUUCAAGUCAGGUGAAAAAUUCGUCCAAGACAAGAAUAAUUAGGAAAAGUGGUCGGUUUUGAAGGGAUUAUUUCUAGAAAUUUUUAAAAGGGGAUUAAGGACCUUUGGAGUGAGGUCCGAGGGAUGAAUUUUGAGGAGAGGAUGUUCUAGUGAUUCAAAAGGGGUUUUAAUCGAGAAAAGUCGUCUAAGAAAAUGAAUUCUUAUUAAUAGGUUUUCCCAAGAUAAUCUGGCUAAGGAGGGGUUUCUUCGAGGAAGGAAUCGAGGAGUCAUCUUUUCGAGGUGAGUGUAAAGGGGGUAAAAGCUCCGUCGAGGUCUUUUAGUUUAUGCAUUUACUUAUACUAGUUUCGUUAAUUUUUUAGUUAUGCGCGAUUAUGUGUGUGAGGCAUCCCACCGCCUAUAAGGGUGGAGGCACGCGUUGUGCUAUGUAUGAAUGUAUGGAUUUGAGAUGGUAAUAGUUGAUUAAUGGUAAGACGAGCCCCCGGGCGGUUGGGUCACUACUGGGGAGCGAGACGUAACGCAGUAGUAGAUCGGGCAUGGACUGGACGACGAGACGUAACGCAAUGCCAUUGCCGAGUUUGGGUAUGCAACCGGACGGCGAGACGUAACGGGGUUGGCAUACUAUGGUAGGGACACCGGACGGCGAGACUUAACACGGUGGUCCCUAGUGCUGGUGUCUAUGGAUUAAGAAUAUAAGUAAGGAAAUUCU